UGACAAUACUUUUCUGUCAGGGGACUGUACUCGCAGACUUCCUGGCGCGAUUUGUAGUCUGCUUCCUCUGUCGCAGAUGUCUUAAAUGUAUUCGUAGCUGUAAAAUAAUGAGUACUUCUUCCACGGCUCAUAGAUUUUGGAAGCCAGGAACAGAAAAACCAGGUCUGGCCAUUGAUGAAGAAAGAUCUGUUCAGGGAGAGAUCGCUGGUCCAGCAAUUGCAUACAAUCCUUUCCAAACUCUGUCAAUUGAGAAGCAGAGGCAAAGGCUUCCAAUAUUUCAAUACCGGAACCACAUCCUAUAUCUGGUUGAAAGGUACCAGACUGUAAUCAUUAUUGGAGAGACAGGUUGUGGAAAGAGCACACAAAUACCACAGUUCCUGCUGGAGGCUGGAUGGGGCGCAGAAGGUCAUGUCAUUGGGGUUACCCAACCGCGAAGAAUUGCAGCCAUUACGGUUGCAUCUCGAAUUGCAGAAGAAAGGGGCAGUAUUCUUGGAAAUGAAGUUGGAUACACCAUUCGCUUUGAUGACUGCUCAGAUCCUUCAGCUACACGAAUUUUGUUCAUGACAGAUGGUAUGAUGAUUCGUGAGAUCAUGAAGGACCCCUUGCUGUCUAAGUACAGCGUGAUUCUUUUGGAUGAAGCUCAUGAACGAGCUCUGAACACAGACAUCAUUCUGGGACUACUCCGCAAGAUUCAGAAGAAAAGGCCAGAUUUACGGCUCUUGGUUGCCUCUGCCACGCUGGAUGCAGAGGAAAUGAGAGACUUCUUUAACACCAACGAAACAGGAGACCCAGAAAAAGAUACAUCUACAAUUUUGACUGUGGAAGGACGAGAAUAUCCAGUAGAUGUCCAUUAUACACUGGAUCCAGUGCCUGACUACCUCAAAGCUACAGUAGACACAGUUAUGAAAAUUCAUUUCAAUGAAAGACCUGGUGAUGUCUUGGCUUUUCUUACUGGAAUGGAAGAGGUUGACAACGUUGUUCACAGGCUCAUAGAAGAGGCAAAAAAGCUGAAAAAAGAGGACCUAAAGAUGACUGUACUUCCGAUGUAUGGCAGUCUACCAGCUUCAGAGCAGAUGAAAGUGUUUCAGAAGCCCCCUCACAACUCCCGAAAGAUUGUUGUGGCUACAAACAUAGCAGAAGCUUCUAUAACCAUAAAUGGAAUUGUAUAUGUUGUGGAUUGUGGCUUUGUGAAGUUGAAAGCUUAUGACCCUUCAUCUGGCGUGGAGUCUCUUGUUGUAAUACCAGUAUCCAAAGCAUCAGCCAAUCAGAGAGCAGGACGAGCUGGCCGUGUAAGAGCUGGCAAAGCAUUUAGACUUUACACAGAAGAUGACUUUGACAAGUUAUCAGAGGCCACAGUUCCAGAGAUGCAGCGAAGUGACCUGGCACCUGUAGUGUUACAGCUGAAGGCUCUGGGCAUUGCCAAUAUUCUGAGAUUCAACUUUCUUUCACCACCUCCUGCCCAAAACAUGGUGAGAGGUCUGGAACUCUUGUAUGCUCUUGGGGCCCUUGACAGUGUGGGAAACCUGACUUCACCCCUUGGUCUACAGAUGGUGGAAUUUCCCCUGUCUCCCUGCUUUGCCAAGAUGCUGCUUGUGUCUGGGGAUUAUGAAUGCUCUGAAGAAGUCCUUACUGUAGCUGCCAUGACCCAGAUACAAAAUGUCUUUGUCACACCAUCUGGGAAGCGCAACACAGCAGACAAAGAGAAGCGCAAAUUUGCUGUGCUGGAAGGCGAUCAUGUGACACUUCUCAACGUUUACAAGGCCUUUAUUAAGUUUGGCAAGAACUCCAAGUGGUGUAGUGAACAUUUCCUGAACUACAAAGGUCUUAAGCGAGCUAUUGAGAUUCGAGAGCAACUAAAACGACUCUUACUCAAGUUCAAGGUGCCGCUUGUCUCAUGCCAAGAUGAUGUGCUCAAGCUGCGGCGGUGCAUCACGGCGGCCUUCUUUGCCAACGCUGUUCGUCUGCACUACACGGGGGUCUACAGGACGGUGAGAGACGGCCACGAGCUGUACAUACAUCCCUCGUCAGUCCUCUCCAACGAGGAACAACCACAGUGGUUGAUUUUCAACGAGGUCGUCCACACCAGCAAAGAGUACAUGCGUGACGUCACUACCAUCGAGCCCGACUGGCUGUGUGAACUGGCGCCACAUUUCUACCAGUUUGGCACGGAGAGAGAGAUUUCCGCAAAGCGUAGUCGACUGGAGUGAAGUAUCAUAUCUACCUGUCUGUGAUCGGGAGGGGGAGCCAAAGGAAGUGAGAGUCAGUGUAAUCAUCAUGUGAAACAAUAAACAAGUGUCAUUCCAACGUCUCA